UACACACACUAUAUUGCCCAAAGUAUUGCCCCCCCCAAUCAUGUGAUUCAGGUGUUCCAAUCCCCUCCAUGGACACAGGUGGAUACAAUCAAGCCCCUAGGCAUGCAGACUGCUUCUACAAACAUUGGUGAAAGAAUGGGUCGCUCUCAGGAGCUCAGUGACUCCAAGCGUGGUACCGUGAUAGGUGGUCACCUGUGCAAUAAGUCCAUCUGUGACAUUUCCUGGCUACUAAAUAUUCCACGUUCAACUGUUAGUGGGAUUAUAACAAAGUGGAAGCAACUGGGAACAACAGCCACUCAGCCACCAAGUGGUAGGCCACGUCACAUGACAGGGCGGGGUCAGCGCAUGCUGAAGCGCACAGUGCGCAGAAGUCGCCAACUGUGUGCAGAGUCAAUAGCUAAAGACCUCCAAACUUGGUGUGGCCUUCAGAUGAGCCCAACAACAGUGCGUAGAGAGCUUCAUGGAAUGGGUUUCCAUGGCCGAGCAGCUGCAUCCAAGCCUUCCAUCACCAAGUGCAAUGCAAAGCGUCGGAUGCCGUGGUGUAAAGCACGCCGCCACUGGACUCUA